AAACUACUCUCUCUCUCUCAAAAAAAAAAAAAAAAAAUUAAAAACCACGUUCUCGAAAACUCGUCCCUCCGCCGGUUCGACUGAGAUUCGUGCAGAUCAGGACUUCCACCUUCGAACCCACGAAGCGCACGUUCGGUUUCCUCGUAAAGGUGGUGCGAACGUCAACUUACCAAGGCCCCUUUUGUUUUUACAGCAAGCAACGUGAUUUACUAAAUUACUAGAAGAUCAUUGGAAAGUCGAUAAAAUGGAAGAAAGUGGCAGUGCCACAAGGAAAUGGGAGGACCUGAACACUGAUAUGCUGGUGGAGAUAUUCCAGACAUUUGAUAUAUCUGAGUUGACAUCACGGAUAGCUCAUGUUUGUAGUGCAUGGCAUUUGGCUUGCCGUGACCCUCUACUCUGGAAGACUCUCGACUUAUCUGCUUUAGAGUCAACUUUCAUCAAAAUUCCUCAGCCACCAUAUGUUUAUGUCCAUAGUCAGUCGGAUAAAGCAGUAACACAACUGUUGAAGAUCGCGUUGAAUCUAAGCCAGGGAAGCAUACAGACAUUAAUUUUCCAUUUCAAUCUAUACUUGAGUGAUGAACAGCUGACUUACACUGCUGAAAGUUGCCCGCUAGUCAAACGCGUGGUAAUGCCAGCUUGGAAUCGAAUAAAGGAAACAGGAAUAUGCAGAGCUAUCAAAAAGUGGCGUCACCUUGAGUCUAUGACAAUGCCCAGCAUAAAGAACCCUCCUUACCUUCUGGAGGAAAUCUCAAGGAAUUGCGAGAACUUCAGCAAACUUAAGAUCAUGGGCCCUUUUGAUAUGCACUUUGCUUUGCCCCUUGUUACAUACAUCCCGAGAUUGAAGGUCUUGAGUCUUCGGUGCUCAGUGAUAAUGAGGGAUGCUCUUGUCACGAUUUUGGACAACUUACAGGAUUUAGAAGUGCUAAACAUAUCACAUUGCAUCCUUAUCGAAGCCCGCCCACCUCCUUUGCCACAAAGAGUGGUUAUGGAGAUUGAUCCGUUCAUCAUGAACAAGGCAAAUCGACUACGCGAGUUCUUAGUGUGCAUGAACGACUCCUGCGUUAUGUGCCAGCGUGCCAGGAGUGAUGAGGGGCUGAUGAGGUGGUACCAAUACGAAGAAGGCUUGUGGAAGUCAGAUGAAGCGAGGUCUCUGGCUCUUUGAUCAGUAUACUGACAGUUCAGUGGCUAGAAUUCGUAAUCUGUAUAGCAUCUUGGUUUCAAAAUUCUCUCGCAUGCUAGAAAUAAGACAAGGAUCGUGUUGAUGAAUGUAAAUCAAAGCCGUCUGUCUCGGUUAUAGACUCUUAUGAGACAGGUUCAUCAAUAGAGUGGUUUUGGAUGGUCCUUGGGUAGAAGUGGUCGGCUGAAUAGCACCCAGGCCUUUGUGAUUUUUGCAGUUCUGCCGUAGAUAAUUACGUAAUGUCAUCGCCUUCAGGCAAUCUAUCAAUGUUUCUGUAGAUCGCUUUACAGUUCUUCUUCAUGAGUUUUUCCA